UUUGCAAAGCAUUUCUGUAAUAAAAAUUUACACUUAUCACCACCAUCUGCAAAGCUCAUUCGUUCACAAAUAUCUUUCAGGAAAGGCAUCGGGCCAGGCGGAGGAAACCCCAAGCUCCGUAAAAGCUUCUUCUUGUUUUGCUUAGACAAAUUUAAUUCCGGCGAAUGAAGUUUCGCUGGGAAUUGAGGCAUCACUCGCGGGUUCCGGUAGUAAUAGGCUUUAAUUUCAGGAACACGCUUGCUCGGAAUUCCGCUACGACUCAUCACCGCCAAUUUCAAUGGCGAGCCACUCACCGCCCAAUCCACAUAAGCGCCUCAAGUCCGUUCUUUCCAAUUCCCGGUGCACAGUUAAAGAAGAAAACCACCCGUACGAAUCCUCACCAGAGCAGGAGGGAGAAGAAAAUCAAUCACAGCGGAACCCAUCAGUUUCAGUCUCAAUGAACGGUGAGGAUUCCUUGAGCUGUGGAAUCUGUUUGUCUGAUCAUGGGAGCGCAAUCAGGGGCCAAAUCGACAGCUGCGAACACUUUUUCUGCUUCAUUUGCAUUAUGGAGUGGGCAAAGGUCGAGUCUCGUUGCCCCAUGUGCAAACGCCGGUUCACCACCAUUCGCAGACCUCCAAAGGACGGUGUAUUUCCCUCUGAACGCAUCGUUAAUAUCCCCAAACGCGACCAAGUUUGCCAUUUCUCAAGAAACACCACAAUUGAGCCUUUUGAUCCCUAUGAACAAGUUCAAUGUAGUAUCUGCCGUCUAGUAGGAGAUGAAAAUCUUCUGCUACUUUGUGAUCUUUGUGAUUCUGCUUCCCAUACUUAUUGCGUUGGCCUGGGAGCCACUGUUCCUGAAGGUGAUUGGUUUUGCCAUGACUGUGCUGUUUCCAGGACUGAACAUGACAAUAUUCAAAAAGAUGAUGACAAUAUGAAUCAGGAAUUAUAUGCAAAGUCCCUGGUAAUGCUGACAGCUGAAUCACAUGUUUCCAUGUACAAUGAUGUUGUUGACAAUCAGAACACCUCAGGAAACUCCAAUGUCUUGGCAGUGGAUGAGAUUGAUGUUUCCAUUUUUGAUAUUGUUCGUGAAUCAGAUGACCAAUUGUUUCGCAGGCCACAAACAAGACGCUCACCUGUUUUUUUGGGCUGUGAGAGGCAAUCUAGUCUUGCAAAUGAAUUGACUCAGCCAGAUGAAAUAGCUCCUCAAUUUAGGUCAGUUGAAGGAGGGCCUCAUAGUGAUGCAGAUAAUGUAGCUCAAACUGGUGCCAGAACAUUGAGUCGAUGUCGCAAUGUGCAAGGUUACAUAAGAGCACUGCGUGAAAAUUGGAAUUACUUGCGAAGUGGGUCCUUGAGAUUCUCUUCCAGUCCAAGCAAAUCUAGUACUGGAAAACAUAAUGCUUGUGCAGUAUCACAUGACAAUUCAGCUGUACCACAAAGUAAACAUUCUCGUGAUAUUGACAAGGCCUGGAAAAUGAUGGACAAGGCAAAGUCAAUACAACAAGUUUGUAGAAGAACUAAAAGUGUUCAUGGGGUGUCACAAAAUCCUCGCAAUGAAGGCAAUGCUUCUAGAAAAGCAAUCGAUGGAAGGUCAAGUCUGUAUUUGCCAAGAAUCCAACAAUCUAGAACUACAGAGUUGGGGAAUACUGGAACUAAGAAGCAGUAUAAUCUUUAUUCUCCUGAAAAGAAAACCGACAUGCAUACAUCCACUAAUUUGGAAAUGCAAAAGCACUCUAAGGUGGUGAUGAAGGAAAUUGUAGAAUGUAAUGACAUUCUACCAACUAUUUCUUUCCCACAAUUUUCUGUAUCUGAAUCAUCUUGGAAGGUGCAGACUAACAGUCCAAGCAAUGUCUCUGAUGAAAGUCGAGAAACAAUCCAGCAGAAAAAUCCUUGCAGACCCUUGUUAAAUUUUUCUAGUCAGCAAAAUAUAUCAGGUCAUUUGAUAACUUCAGUUAGCUCUGAGCCAGGAGCUUCUGAAUCAUUAAAAGCCAAAGAGGAGUAUAGUGGAUUGUCCCGCUGUAAAGUUGAUAUUCCCAAGGGAGAUGUUAGAAUGGAAAAAGCUUAUGCUGAAAGCAAGCACAGAGAAGAUGAUGAUGCUAAGAGUGAGAUCCAAUCUCUUGUCAAGCUCAACUUAAAGCUUCUAAGUAGGGAUAAACAAUUAGAAAUUAAGGCAUUCAAGGAAGUUGCAAGGCUUGCAACACAUACCAUUUUGGCUGCAUGUGGCUUUGGGCACUCAAGGCAUGUUAUCCACUCUUUCCCAGGUUCUGUGUGCAAACAUUCAGAACAGAGUCAGCAACUUCGUAAAUCCACUCUAAUGCGGAAUUCAUGCCGAGAAUGCUUUUAUGUCUUUGUGAAGGACGUUGUUAGCUCAAUUCUGUCUGAGAAAGUAUGUCCUGGCAACUCAUGAGAAAUUCUCUGAUAAAGGAUUGGCACUGCUAUUUUACAGAGUGCUUUUCAUUUCCUGUACUUUUCAUUAUGCUGAAAGCAGCUAAGUACCUUCUGUUGCCUUCUUUCUGUCUCAAGCUAGAGACAUACUUGGCCGCAACCAAUCUGUAUUUUCCACUUUUCUUUUUUGUGUAGCAUUGAAUGUCUUCUGUAAAAAAUAAUGCUUUGUAUAAUACUUGUAACUUAACAUUCUGCAGCAGCAAUUUGCAAAAUGAAAAUCAGCUUAUAUCUAA